UGGAUAUUAUAAGAAAGAAGCUUUCCCUAAAAAAAGCACUUAGCCUUUAUGGCACACUUGACUUUUUUUAGGUACAAAAUCUAUGUCCUCAGUCAGAACACCUUUUGGUUUUUCUUUCUUCCUUCCUUCUUUCUUUCUUUCUACACCUCCAACUCCAAUUUCAUUUCACUGACAACUCAAAAAUCUCACAGUAGUCUCUUUCAGAUACAGAGUGGCAAUUCUGUUAUUACAUGCAAACCCGUGUCUGGUUUCUUCCACUACUGAAGAUAGUAGUAGUAGAGUGAGAGACAACCUUAAACUCUUCACGUUAAAAUCUUCGCUCAUUCUCCGGCCACCGCUUACGGCGGCUCCAUGCGUUUCCAACACGGUGCCACCGCCACCCACAGCUGCUGCUGACAGAUGGGUUGCGCGCUAGGAACUCCGGCCGUCGCCGGAGAUCGCCGCCGACGUAGCCCUGCUGCUGCUGAGGGAGGCAAGAAUGCCGUCAGUGUUCCUGACAGGCAGAAGGACCCCAACGCCGGCGAAGCUCCGGCGCCUGAGCUCCGGAAAUAUCGACUGGAUUCAUUCACGGCGACCCAUCAGGGUUGGCCGCCGUGGUUGAUGGCGGUGGCCGGCGAUGCUAUCCGGGACUGGACUCCUCGCCGUGCCAACACGUUUGAGAAGCUUGCUAAGAUUGGGCAAGGUACUUAUAGCAACGUGUACAAAGCUAGAGACCUUGUUACAGGGAAGAUAGUGGCUUUGAAGAAAGUUAGAUUUGAUAAUUUGGAGGCAGAGAGUGUGAAGUUCAUGGCUAGAGAGAUACUUGUUUUGAGGAGGCUUGAUCACCCCAAUGUGGUGAAGCUUGAGGGCUUGGUUACUUCAAGAAUAUCAUCGAGUAUUUACUUGGUGUUUGAGUACAUGGAGCAUGAUCUUGCUGGUCUUGCAGCUGGGCCUGGUGUCAAAUUCUCUGAGCCUCAGGUAAAAUGCUAUAUGAAGCAAUUACUGUCUGGCCUUGAGCAUUGCCACAGCCGAGGUGUGUUGCACCGUGAUAUCAAAGGUUCCAAUCUGCUUAUUGACAAUGAAGGAGUACUUAAAAUUGCAGAUUUCGGACUGGCAAAUUUCUAUGAUUCUAAGCAAAAGCAUCCCAUGACUAGUAGAGUUGUGACCCUUUGGUAUCGUCCCCCUGAGCUUCUUCUUGGGGCUACAUUCUAUGGCGUCGGUAUUGAUCUUUGGAGCGCUGGCUGCAUAUUGGCAGAGUUGCUUGCUGGAAAGCCAAUCAUGCCUGGACGAACAGAGGUUGAGCAACUGCACAAAAUAUUCAAGUUAUGUGGCUCUCCGUCAGAGCAAUAUUGGAAGAAAUAUAGAUUGCCAAAUGCUACACUCUUUAAGCCGCAGCAACCAUAUAAAAGAUGCAUCAUAGAAACGUUCAAGGAUUUUCCAUCUUCUUCAUUACCUCUAAUCGAAACUCUUCUUGCAAUAGAUCCGGUUGAUCGUGGCAAUACCUCAGCUGCUCUCAACAGUGAAUUUUUUAACACUGAGCCCUAUGCUUGUGAACCAUCAAGUUUACCAAAGUAUCCUCCUUCCAAAGAAUUGGACGUAAAACUCAGAGAUGAAGCAGCAAGAAGGCGAAAAGCUCUGAGUGGAAAAAACAAUGCAGUUGAUGGUACCAAAAGAGUUAGAACACGUGAGCGCGGCUGUGCUAUUCCAGCCCCGGAAGCCAAUGCAGAGAUCCAAACAAACUUAGAUAGGAUGAGAGUUGUGACCCGUGCAAAUGCGAAGAGCAAAAGUGAGAAAUUUCCACCUCCUCAUCAAGAUGGAGCUGUUGGAUAUCCACUGGAUGCAUCAAAUAAAGGAGCUGUUUCAUUUGGAGCCACUGAAACGUCUUUUAGCUCCACCAUAUCUAAUUCAAAGCCUUCUGGAUCCGUUGGAAGCUAUGCGUCCAGCUCUUACAGAGGGUGGAAAACUAACAAAGCAGGUUCCCAUUCGGCGCCAUCAUGGAAACUUAUGCGUGCAUUCAAGCCUUCAACUGUUGGCCUUUCUUUCAAUUUAUUAUUUAGGAGAAAAUAAUCAGUUUCUUUGGAUUUUAGCAUCCUAGAAUGAGGAAAAGAAUGACCAUAGCCUUCAUAAAUCGUUUUUGCCCCUGCAAUGUGGAUCUUAAUUUAUUAAUUUUUUCAAUGUUGAUCCCUUACUUUUUUUUUAUAUUUCAUUUGUCAUUGGAGUUUUUGCUGUAUAAUGUACAAUGAGGAUCAUUUGAUCUGUAUAUUUUAGAGAUUUAACUCCCCCCACUGUACAGUUUUCUGGGAGCACUUGUCUUCUUGUUCGUGAAAUGUUCCAAGUUUGCUAGAAAAUGAUCAAGAAUUUUGUUUUCUUA